AAACUCCUAAGUCACAAUAUUUUUUCUUUCCACGUGUUUAGUUUGUUCUUUAGCAGUGGCACUGUACUCUCCACACAAUACAAUAUAUAGUAGUCUUACACUCUCUUGAUAAUUUGUCAUGUACAAAAAAAUCAUUUGAAUGAUCUAGCUCUUCUACAUUAUCAACACCAUGUCCACAACCUAUAAUUUUUUAGACUCAUUUAUUAAAUAUUCGAAUCUCUAGAUCCUUCCAUCUCUCUUUUCUCUUUCUGAUCAAUAAAACGACAAUCUUACCUACACGAAAUUUAGCAUCUUCUUCCACACUAAGACAUUAUCCUCUUGGAAUUGUACGUAGUACAGAACAAAUCAGUUACAAUUGAAUAAAGCACUAAACCCCGGCCCCCAUGAAAACCACGUUCUCAAGCUCACGUCAAUCUUGUUUUUUCUAACCAUUAUCGUCCACUUCCACCUUGUCCACGACUGACAAAACUCGUAUAAUAGUUAGCAGUACUGAACAAGCGAGUCACUACAACUUAAUAAUGAGUCGGUUUGAAAGCUGGCCAGAGCCAAUUAUACGAGUUCAAGAGCUGUCCGAAAGUGGCAUUAAGGAAAUCCCCAAACACUUUGUUAAACUGCUAGCGGACAGACCAUGCUUCAAGGAGACAACGUCCCAUGUUAAGGAAGAAAAUAAUAUUCCAUUGAUUGACCUAGAAAACCUGAAUUCAACCGAUGAAUCUAUUCGACAUGAAACAAUGGAACUCAUUUCUACGGCGUGUCGGGACUGGGGCUUUUUCCAGGUGGUGAAUCACGGUGUUAGCCAUGAACUCAUGGCUAACGCACGUGGUGUUUGGCGAGAGUUUUUUCAACUUCCAUUGGAGGAGAAGCAGAAGUUUGCGAAUUCUCCAGUUACUUAUGAGGGUUAUGGAAGUAGGCUUGGAGUGGAGAAAGGUGCUAAAUUGGAUUGGUGUGAUUAUUUCUUCCUUCAUUAUCUUCCUGAAGGAUUGAAGGACGAUGACAAAUGGCCUAGUCUUCCUAUUUCAUGCAGGCAAACCAUUGCAGAAUAUGGACAAGAAGUAGUGAAGCUAUGUGAAAAGUUACUCAAAAUCUUAUCUAUAAACCUCGGAUUAAAUGAAGAUUAUCUACACCAAAGCUAUGGAGGAGACAGAGAAAUAGGUGCAUGUUUAAGGGUAAAUAUUUACCCAAAAUGUCCACAACCGGACCUAACACUGGGCCUCUCUCCUCAUUCUGAUCCUGGUGGCCUGACCGUUCUCCUCUCUGACACCAACGUCGCCGGCCUCCAAGUCCGUCGUGGCGAUAAUUGGAUAACUGUUAAACCUGUUCCUAAUGCCUUUGUUGUCAACAUUGGAGAUCAAAUUCAGGUAUUAAGUAAUGGAAUGUACAAGAGUGUAGAGCACCGUGCUAUCGUUAAUUCGGUCAAAGAACGUGUUUCUAUGGCAUUGUUUUAUAAUCCAGGAGGUGACAUACUUAUCAAACCUGCAGAUGAACUUGUAACGGAGGACCAGCCGGAGAUAUAUUCUCCGACGACAUUCAACAAGUAUCGAGCUUUCAUCAGAACAAGGGGUCCUUAUGGCAAAUCUCAAGUUGAAUCACUAAAAUCCCCAAGAUAAUUAAUAUUACCUUUUUAUAUCUAGGAGGUCAUUAAAUGUAUUGGCAAUGUAUAUGCCAUUAUAUUGCUUACUACUGCACAUGUAUUUUGAUAUUUCCAUGUCAGGUCUUUCAUGCUUUUGCCAAAUUCUGCCUCUUUAUACUAAGGGAACUUCAAUAUGUACUUGCAUUUUCCCCUAAAAAAUUCUCUAAUAUUGGUAAACUCGGGUUCGAAAAA